AAAGAGGCGUUUAAACGGUUUCACACUCAGUCGCUCCGUUUGACUCUUUUGCCCAACAACUACCAAAACCCGACUGCGUCUUUGCUGCUACUCCAUCGAUCCAUCUUUCACAAAUCAUGGAGUCGUUUCUGGGUUUUGCUGCUUUUUUCCUUCUCUUUCAGGUUAUCUUUUUCGCCUCUUUGAUGAGUGCUGAGGAGACGGAUUCACCGGCUUCAUUUUCGGACAUCGCAUCAUCGGGGAAAAGGAACUCUGAAGAAUAUUGUGCAAUGUAUGAUAUAUGUGGUGAACGCAGCGACGGAAAAGUCCUGAAUUGCCCUUAUGGCUCCCCAUCCGUGACGCCUGAUGAGCUAUUUUCUGCCAAAAUUCAAAGUUUGUGUCCAACAAUAAGUGGGAAUGUUUGUUGCACGGAGCUUCAGUUUGAAACAUUACGCGCACAAGUUCAACAAGCAAUUCCGUUUCUUGUAGGCUGCCCAGCAUGCUUGAGGAACUUCCUAAAUCUUUUUUGUGAGCUUUCUUGCUCUCCAAAUCAGAGUCAGUUUAUCAACGUGACCUCUGUGUCCGAGGUUAAUGGAAAUAUGACUGUGGAUGGCAUUGACUUUUACAUAGCUGACACUUUUGGAGAAGGGUUGUUCGACUCUUGCAAGGAUGUUAAAUUUGGGACUAUGAACACACGGGCAAUAGAAUUUAUUGGUGCCGGUGCUAAAAAUUUUGAAGAAUGGUUCGAUUUUAUUGGUGCGAAAGCAGAGCCCGGUUUCCCUGGUUCACCUUAUGCGAUUGAGUUUAAGCUGGUUGUUCCUGAGUCAUCUGGAAUGGAGCUCAUGAAUGUGUCAGUUUAUUCAUGUGGUGACACUUCACUAGGCUGCUCUUGUGGUGACUGCCCUUCAUCUCCAGUGUGUUCAAAUCCUGAACCUCCUCAGCCAAAGAAAAAGCCAUGCUCCAUUAGAAUUCUAUCUAUUGAGGUAAAGUGCAUUGAAGUUUCAGUUGCCAUAUUGUAUAUUCUCUUAGUUUUUGCAUUCUUUGGUUGGAGCUUUUUUGGUCGGAUGAGACGAAGGAGGGGAUCUGGAUCUAGCGAGGAACCAUUGUUGAAUGUCAUUCAUGAUGAUGACAUUGACUCUGUUAACUUGCAAGAUGAAAGUGUUGCCACAAAGAGGCAUGCUAUGGAUCCUCAAGUUACCGAAGGGAUCCACCUAGCUCCUGUUCAGGGAUAUAUGUCAAACUUUUACAGGAGUUAUGGAAGCUGGGUCUCCAGAAAUCCCAGUCUUGUGCUGUUUUCCUCGGUGGCAAUUGUUGUUAUUCUGUGUGUGGGUCUAGUUCGUUUCAAGGUGGAGACACGGCCAGAGAAGCUGUGGGUAGGUCCUGGGAGCAAGGCAGCGGAAGAGAAACAAUACUUUGACAGCCAUCUUGCCCCCUUCUACAGAAUUGAGCAGCUCAUAAUAGCGACUCUGCCAGAUCCAAAAGAUGGCAAGUCACCAAGUAUUGUCACAGAUGAUAAUAUUCAGCUACUUUUUGACAUACAAAACAAGGUUGAUGGAAUUCGUGCUAAUUAUUCUGACUCGGUGGUAGCUCUAACUGAUAUUUGCUUGACGCCUAUUGGCCAAGAUUGUGCCACCCAAAGCAUUUUGCAGUAUUUUAAGAUGGACCCUGAAAACUUUGACAGCUAUGGAGGGGUUGUACAUGUAGAGUAUUGCUUUCAGCAUUUUACUUCUGCGGACACAUGUUUGAGCGCGUUUCAGGCUCCACUUGAUCCAAGCACUGCCUUGGGAGGAUUCUCAGGAAACAACCAUUCAGAGGCUUCUGCAUUCAUUGUCACCUACCCAGUUAAUAAUGCAGCUGGUGAUGUAGGAAAUGAGAAUGGGAAGGCAUUGGCUUGGGAGAAGGCUUUUAUUCAGCUAGCGAAGGAGGAACUGAUGCCAAUGGUUCUGUCUCGGAAUCUUACUCUCUCAUUCUCAGCCGAAAACUCAAUUGAGGAAGAGUUAAAAAGAGAAAGUACUGCAGAUGUGAUAACCAUAUUAGUAAGCUAUCUGGUAAUGUUUGUUUACAUAUCUCUAGCCUUGGGAGAUGCACCUCAUUUGUCUUCUUUUUACCUCUCGUCCAAGGUCCUGCUUGGCUUGUCAGGAGUCAUACUUGUCAUGCUUUCUGUCCUUGGGUCUGUUGGAUUUUUCAGUGCUGUUGGAGUUAAAUCUACAUUAAUCAUAAUGGAAGUCAUUCCGUUCCUUGUUCUUGCUGUUGGUGUAGAUAACAUGUGUAUACUGGUACAUGCGGUGAAACGGCAACCACUGGACUUACCUUUAGAAAUACGAAUAAGUAAUGCACUUGCUGAAGUUGGCCCAUCCAUAACGCUGGCUAGUUUAUCUGAGAUUCUGGCAUUUGCAGUUGGAAGUUUCAUUCCUAUGCCAGCUUGUCGUGUCUUCUCCAUGUUUGCUGCUCUUGCUGUUCUACUGGACUUCUUCCUGCAAGUUACUGCAUUUGUUGCGCUGAUAUAUUUUGACUUUUUGAGAGCUGAGGACAACAGGGUUGAUUGUUUUCCAUGCAUACAAGUCGCUCCAUCUUCUGAGGGAACUAGUGAAGGAAUAUAUCAUAGAAGAGCUGGAUUGCUGACCCGCUAUAUGAAGGAAGUACAUGCACGCAUUCUUGGAUAUUGGGUGAUUAAAAUGGUUGUUGUUGCUGUCUUUCUUGCUUUCACCUUGGCAAGCAUUACAUUAUGUACUAGUAUUGAACCUGGUUUGGAACAGAAGAUUGCCCUUCCCCGGGAUUCUUACCUUCAGGGGUACUUCAAUAACAUUUCAGAGCAUCUUAGGAUUGGACCACCGUUAUAUUUUGUUGUCAAGGAUUACAACUACAGCUCGGAAUCAAGACAUACAAACCAGUUAUGCUCCAUCAGUAAAUGUGAUUCCAACUCCCUUUUAAAUGAGAUAUCCAGAGCAUCUUCAACACCGGAAUCAAGCUACAUUGCUAAGCCAGCUGCCUCUUGGCUUGAUGAUUUUCUUGUAUGGAUUUCACCUGAGGCUUUUGGUUGCUGUCGGAAGUAUUUAAAUGGUUCUUAUUGUCCCCCUGAUGAUCAGCCACCUUGUUGUUCACCUGAUGAAGGUCCUUGUGGCCUUGGUGGAGUUUGCAAAGAUUGUACAACAUGCUUUCGGCACUCAGAUUUGGUCAAUGAUCGUCCAUCUACAGCACAGUUUAGAGAGAAGCUUCCAUGGUUCCUAAAUGCACUGCCUUCUGCUGAUUGUGCAAAAGGGGGCCAUGGUGCUUACACUAAUAGUGUGGAUCUAAAAGGUUAUGGGAGUGGUGUUAUAAGUGCAUCUGAGUUCCGUACCUAUCACACACCACUUAACGCACAAGGUGAUUAUGUCAAUUCAAUACGAGCUGCGCGGGAGUUCAGCUCAAGAAUGUCUGAUUCUUUAAAGAUGGAUAUCUUUCCGUACUCGGUGUUCUAUAUCUUCUUUGAGCAAUAUCUGGAUAUAUGGAGGGUAGCUUUGAUCAACAUUGCUAUUGCACUCGGUGCAAUCUUCAUCGUUUGUCUGCUCAUGACAUCCAGUGUAUGGAGCUCUGCUAUCAUUUUACUUGUACUGGCAAUGAUUGUUGUGGACCUCAUGGGUGUAAUGGCCAUUUUCAAUAUCCAACUAAACGCAGUCUCUGUUGUAAAUCUUAUAAUGUCAAUCGGAAUUGCUGUUGAGUUCUGUGUCCAUAUAAUGCAUGCUUACUUGGUGAGUCAUGGCAACAGGAGCCAACGAGCAACGAAAGCUCUAAGUAGAGUGGGACCUUCUGUGUUCAGUGGGAUUACACUUACAAAGCUGGUUGGAGUAAUUGUCCUAGCCUUCUCAAGAUCAGAAAUUUUUGUGGUUUACUAUUUUCGAAUGUACCUGGCAUUGGUUCUUAUUGGUUUCUUGCAUGGGCUCGUCUUUUUGCCGGUGGUAUUGAGCCUGUUUGGUCCGCCGAAUAGGCACGCAAGUAUUGAUAUGCAAGAAGUUGAAUCUUCACCGGUCUUGAGUUGAAAUACUAGUGGAAGUAUGGCUCUCCUUUUCCGGGCCGAGAUUCUACUUUUGUUGUCAAACUAUAUGUGCUCGUACUUGCACAAUGCUCCCGGCUUCUCCCAUUUGCUGGUGGGAAUGUAGUAAAAAGUGACCCUUCAAAGAUAACAGUUAUGUUGUAAUGAUACAUGUGACAGAUUACGUAGAAGGUAUAAAAACCACAAAAUCUUGUUAAGAAA